AUGUACCGCCAGGUAUACAUUAAUGAGAAACAACUGGACUUACAGCGCAUACUAUGGAGACAAGGUAGAGAUCAACCUCUAAAAGUCUAUAGGUUAAAAACUGUCACCUAUGGUACAGCAGCAGCACCCUUCUUAGCAAUCAGGACCCUCCAUCAACUGGCCACAGAUGAACUAUCAACAUAUCCUAUAGCCUCAUCUAUAGCGCUAUCAGAUUUCUAUGUAGAUGAUCUUAUGACAGGUGCAAAAACACUCGAGGACGCUAAAGUCAUUCAAACACAAAUGUCGCAAUUGCUUAACUCAGGAGGAUUUAAUUUACGAAAAUGGAAUUCAAAUUCGAAGGAAUUGUUGGAAACAAUCCCAGAUAAAAAUAGAGCGAAACGAAACUGUCAAGUGCUUGGUAUGUGGUGGAACUCUGAGACCGACAUGUUCCAUUACGCAUCUACUGAAAGAAAGCCACAUGACAAGAUAUCAAAGCGUUCUGUUCUGUCAGAAAUAGCCAGUUUAUUCGAUCCUUUAGGACUUGUAGGGCCUGUAGUUUUGAAAUUCAAACUAUUCAUGCAAGAGUUGUGGGUAAGAGAUCUGAGUUGGGAUGAAUCUCUUCCAUGUGAUCUUCAUACAUCGUGGCAGACACACCGACAACAGGUCUCAACUUUAAAACAACUUCAAAUACAAAGGCACAUCACAGUAGGUCACGCAAUCCAAAAAGAAAUACAUGGGUUUUGUGACGCCUCAGAAAGGGAGUAUGGAGCAUGUGUGUACAAGCGAACAACCGAUACUGACGGACGCGUGUCAACACAAUUAUUAUGCUCAAAAUCCAGGGUAUCACCACUUAAAAAAAUGACCAUUCCUAGAUUGGAAUUGUGUGCCGCGCUGCUACUAUCGAAACUUGUAACUAAAGUAUUGGAUACUGGCAUUAAAGUUGAUGGAUACACACUAUGGACCGACUCCUCAAUAGUUCUGGCUUGGAUCACUUCAUCAGCAUCAAAAUGGAAAAUUUACGUUGCUAAUCGGGUGAAAAUUAUUCAAGAAUUGACGACUGAAAGAUGUAGUUGGAGGCACGUAAGAACCAACGACAACCCAGCAGAUCUGAUAUCAAGAGGUUUAAAUCCGAUUCAAAUUAUCGAUAACAAAUUAUGGUGGCAUGGCCCAGAAUGGUUAAUACAAAAUUAUAGUGAAUGGCCCAAAUUUGAUUUGAGUAGAAUUUCAGAUGUACCAGAACAAAAACUAAUACCAACUACAUUGGCGGUUGUCAGCACUGAGCCACUAAUAGAUGUUGCAAAAUACUCAUCUUUAAGCAAACUCACAAGAGUUACAGCGUAUUGUCUUAGAUUCAUCAGCUACCUGCAGAAUUCACAUCAUAAACUUAAAGGUCCAUUAACUACAGAAGAGCUCAACCAUGCCACAAAUCAUCUCAUCAGAGCAGAACAGGAACAUUACAUGAGAAAAGAUUAUAAUAGGCUCAUGGAAGGAAAGAAGAUUAGGAAAGACAGUCCAUUGUGGAAUCUUCAAUCUUUUUUUGGUCCCGAGAAACUCAUCAGAGUAGGCGGGAGAUUAAAACAUGCAGAAAUCAAAAUAGAUCAAAAACAUCCCAUUGUUUUACCAUACAAGUCACAUCUAACAGAACUUAUUUUUCGUCAUGAGCACAUCAGACUUCUGCAUGCGGCACCUCAACUGCUGCUUGCAUCGUUGCGGCAACGAUAUUGGCCCCUUAAUGGACGAAAUUUAGCAAGACGUACCACACACAGUUGCGUCAAGUGUUUUAAGGCUAAUCCAAAAACAACGCAACCUCAGAUGGGUGACAUACCAUCAGAUCGAGUACGCCCAUGUCGACCUUUCAGUAAUACUGGCACUGAUAUCAGCGGCCCAGUAUAUAUUAAAGCCUCAAAAAGACGAAACAGUCCUACAUCGAAGGGAUACAUAGUGAUAUUUGUAUGUCUUGCAACCAAAGCUGUACAUUUAGAAGUAGUAACAGACAUGACCAGUGAAGCACUUAUAGCAGCAUUCAAGAGAUUUAUUUCACGACGAGGAAUUGUUACAAAACGUGUACUCGGACAAUGGCACCAAUUUCGUAGGCGCAGAGAGAGAGAGCUUCGAGAGCUUCAAGAUCUGUUUACAAACGAAGAACAUCAGAGAAGAAUCGUCGAAGAAUCAACCGCUCUCCUCAUUAAGUGGCACUUCAUUCCACCCCGAUCCCCUCAUUUCGGAGGCUUAUGGGAAGCUGCUGUUCGGUCAGUGAAACAUCAUUUGAAACGAGUUGUAGCCAACGCCUCACUCACCUUCGAGGAAUUUUACACUACUUUAACAAUGAUUGAAGCUUGCUUGAACUCUCGUCCUCUCACUCCCCUUUCCACUGACCCAAAUGACCUUUCACCAUUAACCCCUGGUCACCUUCUCACUGUUCUCCUGAAAGAAGACAACUUGCCCCCUCUCAAGUGGGUUACAGGUCGAGUGGUGGCGGUCCAUCCUGGAGCGGACAAUAGGAUCCGAGUCGCCACCGUAAAGACGUCGUCUGGCUCCUUCAGGAGAGCAGUCAACAAGCUAUGUAUCCUCCCCCUAGAACCUAAUACAGUGCAAGAGUAUAUUACGGGUGACAUCCCUAAUAUUUAUGACAAGGUCGCCUGGAGGUAUGGAGUUCUUGUUCUCAGGGCGUGGGAGGCGACAGAGCUUUCACUCCCAUUGUUAGAGGUGGCCUUCCACGAACCAAGGGAUGUUACCCCCAGGUUUAUGGUAGGGUCGCUUCAGGGCGGGAGGGGCUGGCCCUCACGCCUCGUGGGAGCAAGAAAGAACCUUUACCUGGGACAAGGGCCUAGAACGAGUCUCCUCUACACCAGGAAAUCCUCCGUUUCGUACCUUGAGUAUACAGCGGAAAAUGUGAUAGAGAAGCUUAUACGUGUCACACAGACCAAGGCAAUCGUCUCUGCGGGUGACUUGAGACAGAGAAUAGUGCUCUUUACUAAAAGGAGAAUUUCCGACGUAUUCCCCCAGCAAAUGGACAAUGUCAAAAUAGAAACAAAGCCUGCUGCCGAGUACCUCGGUGUGAUGAUUGAGAUCAAGCUUUCCUUCGGUGAGCAGGUGCAGCGCAUCGCCGCCAAAUCAGCCAAGGGUGUUGCAGCUCUGGGCAGGCUCAUGCCCAACGAUGGAGGCCCACUUCCUUGCAAACGCCGUUUGUUGAUGUCAUCAGUUCAAUCUACUCCACUGUACGGAGCUCAGAUCUGGGCCCACGUCUUGGAGAAUCAUGUUUACCAAAACCGGCUCUCCCGAGUUCAGCACCGUGGUCGCUGGUGUCUUUCCCAUCUACCACCUUGUGAUGGAGAGACAGGCGAUCUACCACCACAUUAA